ACUCUCUUCCUAUUGGUGGACCGGCAGGUCAGCUGACGCGGCAAGGGCACGUGCGUGACUCGCUGUGGAUUCAAGAUGGCGGCGUCAUUGUGGCGGUGCUCCCAGCUGCUUGGUAAAAUUGUUUUGCCACCUUGCUCCCGGCCACUGGUGUCCUCCUGUUUUAGAGGAGAUGCUUACAGAUUACACAGGAGUGCAGCAGCAUUGCAGGUGCGAUAUGCCUCAGGGCGUAAAGGUUUCCUGGGAGAGUUUGUGGACAACCUUCGUCAGGAGUUCAGUGACAAUCGGGAGCUGAAGGAGAACAUCAAGAAGUUCAGAGAUGAGGCCAGGAGGCUAGAGGAAUCCAAUGCACUCCAACAGGCACGCAGGAAAUAUAAAUCAAUAGAGUCGGAGACAGUGAGGACCUCUGAAGUAUUUAAAAAGACACUGGACUUUUCGUUGGAAUCUAUGAAGGAGGCUAUCAAGAAGGUGAGCCACACAGACAUUGGGAAGAAGAUGAAAGAAGGCGUGGAAGAAGCUGCACGCACUGCCAUGCACUCUGCUGAAACGGUCUCCAAGGGAGGAGAACGAUUGGGCAAGACCGAUGCCUUCAAGGCUAUCUCACAGGGUGUGGAGAACAUGAAGAAGGAGAUCGACGUGGGUGAUGCCGGACCCUAUAGAGCUCCUUCUCAGCUGAGGAAGAGGAGUGAUUUUUCAUCAAAAGGAGCUGCUGAUGACACUGUAGUGUUUGAGCCGAAUACGGAAAGUGUCAGUGUUGUUGUCCACAAUGACUCAAAGUGGGAACAGCAAUGGAGGGACUUCAAAGACAAUAACAUGGUUUUUAACAGGUUUUUAAACAUGAAGCUGAAAUACGAUGAGAGUGACAAUGCACUCAUCAGAGCAUCCAGAGCUGUGACUAACCUCCUUGGUGGUCUUUUCUCCAAGACGGAGAUUUCAGAGGUACUCACUGAGAUCCUGAAGGCAGACCCCAAAUUUGACAGAGAAUCUUUUCUCAAACAGUGUGAGAAAGACAUAAUCCCAAACAUAUUAGAGGCAAUGAUUCGUGGAGAGUUACAUGUAUUGAAGGAUUGGUGCUAUGAAGCGACUUACAGUCAGCUUGCCUAUCCCAUCCAGCAAGCAAAAAGUUUGGGGUUGCUGUUACAGUCCAAAGUCCUUGAUAUUGAUAAUAUUGAUUUGGCAAUGGGGAAGAUGAUGGACCAAGGCCCAGUGUUGAUCAUCACCUUCCAGGCCCAAGUCGUCAUGGUGAUUCGUAGUCCCAAAGGGGACAUAGUGGAAGGAGAUCCGGAGAAAGUGCUGAGGAUGAUGUAUGUUUGGGCGCUGUGUCGUGACCAGCAGGAGCUGAACCCCAGUGCGGCGUGGAGACUACUGGACAUCUCCGCCUCCAGCACCGAGCAGGUUCUCUAGGAAAAGAAAGCGAAGAGCAAAGUAGGGGGUGAAAAGAGACACAUACGGAGAGAUAAGGGCAGAAGGAUAAGCCUGGAAUGCUUGCACGUACUAAUGCUGACACAAACAGACUGGUGUUAUUUUGUGUCACUGCCUUUUUUUGCCAUUUCAUAGACUUUAUGUGUCUGUUUAUAAAACCAUACAGUGAGCUGCUCGCUGAGUUGACUGAGAUGCUGAAAUGAAUGACAAGAAGAGCCUUAACCAGGUGGCUACAUGUGUGUUUAUGGUGGAAAAGCUUCAAGCUGGACAGGUUUAAAGGGAAACUGCACUUUUUUGGGAAUUUUGCCUACCGUUCACAAUUAUUAUGAAAGAUAUGACGACGGAUGAAUUUUAAAAAAUACAUUCUAACUUGUCGAUUCGAAUUCGAAUCGCGAUUCUCACGUUGUGCGAUUCAGAAUCGAUUCUCAUUUUUAAAAAAUCUAUUUUUUUAAAAUGUAUUUAUUUAUUUAUUUUUAUUUUUUUAAUUAAUCAAUCCAACAAAACAAUACACAGCAAUACCAUAACAAUGCAAUCCAAUUCCAAAACCAAACCCGACCCAGCAACACUCAGAACUGCAAUAAACAGAGCAAUUGAGAGGAGACACAAACACGACACAGAACAAACCAAAAGUAGUGAAACAAAAAUGGAUAUUAUCAACAACAGUAUCAAUAUUAGUUACAAUUUCAACAUAGCAGUGAUUAAAAAUCCCUCAUUGACAUUAUCAUUAGACAUUUAUAAAAAAUUAAAAAAAUGAACAAUAGUGUCACAGUGGCUUACACUUGCAUCGCAUCUCAUAAGCUUGACAACACACUGUGUCCAAUAUUUUCACAAAGAUAAAAUAAGUCACAUUUUUGGUUCAUUUAAUAGUUAAAACAACUUUACAUUAUUGCCAUCAGUUGAUAAAACAUUGUCCUUUACAAUUAUAAAAGCUUUUUACAAAAAUCUACUACUCUGCUUGCAUGUCAGCAGACUGGGGUAGAUCCUGCUGAAAUCCUAUGUAUUGAAUAAAUAGACAAUCCUUUUGAAUCGGGAAAAAAUCGUUUUUGAAUCGAGAAUCGUGUUGAAUUGAAAUUUUUUAUUUAUUUUGAAUCGAAUCGUGACCCCAAGAAUCGAUAUUGAGUCGAAUCGUGGGACACCCAAAGAUUCACAGCACUACUAACUUGUAAAUAAGUCUGCUUACAGCAGAGCCAAUGGAAGCGCCACUAUUUUGCCCAUAAAAUCUGAUAAAUAAAUAUUCAAAAAGCGCCAACAAUGCUCCAUUUACAUUUUCGACUUGAAUAUAACCAGGUAUUAGUGUUAUUGUUAUUAUAAUCACUAACGCAGACAAAUUAUUUAUAGCGGUGUCGUGAUCACUUCCUGUGUGCAUAUGUUUACAUCGUGGUCUGCUGCUUCCUCGCUUCCCUGCUCCCUGUAAAUUUAUUUUAGACUAUAAAUCAUGUGUCUCACCUGAAAAAUAAAUGGCUGAAAAUAUAAUCCUACAAGUUGGGAUACUUUGACAGCCAUUUAGGACCUGGAACUGACGAGGACAACAUGAAAUGUGCUUGUUUCCUCACCCCACCCUGUUUACUCGUGAUGCGUUUUUGAAAUGAAUGCUUAAAAUGAUCAAAAUACGUAAAUAUUAAAUGUUAUUAUAAAUGUUACUACAUUACAUCUAUACUUACAUCAUUUAGAUAAAACCUUAAUGGAGGUGUUUGGAUGUUUGUUUAGAGGCUAUUUAGGCAGAAUUGAACGGCUCCCAUAAGCAUUGUAAGCGGACUUUUGAUCACAUUUAUUGAAUAUUUACAAUGCAUUAAAAAAAAUCCACCCGUCACGUCGCUCAUAAUGAUUGUGAACGAUAGGAAAAAUUCCCCAAAAAGUGCAGUUCCCCUUUAAGGAUUCUCUGCUCUCUGUCAAAUACUUGAAACUCUUUACGUUGUAGUGAAAAGCAUGUAAGCUAACUCCAUAUUAUGCUUUCUAAACAUGUCACAGCAAAUAUGUUACCAUAGAUACCUUCACACAAAUGCAAGAGUUCAAAUUUUGGCAAAAAACUAAACAAAGAACUUAUUUAACUGGUAAUGAAACACAGAUUUCUUUACCAUUACCACCCUUUUUUGUUGUCUCUGAAGCCCGUAUAGAAAACAGAUUGUUGGCAGUAGACAAAGACACAAAUUCUAAAUCAACUUAUAAGGAUUAUAAUUUUAACUUUAGUCAAACCACAUAUAGAUGACAUAGCUGUUUUCUAUACUUGUGCAUUCAAGUGCAUUAAUUGUAGUAAAUUCCUAUCAGAACUCGUACCUAAGACAUAUUAGUGAGUGUAUAAUGUCUCGCCCUGUGGAACAAGUGUGUAUGCUUGUGGCAUCAGAUUGAAACAUCUUCUCAAAUUGGCUCUCUCUACUAGCGAUAGUGUAUUGUCUAUUAUAUCCACAUUAUAAUGUUUAAGAGUUUAUUGUAAAUAUAUGGGACCACAUUAACGGCAGCCUCACUGAGGAUCAUUUUGAACUUAUUGAGAUGUUUGAUGAUGAAUGUGAAAGGCUGUGUUAAGAACGAUAUUUUUUAUUUAUUAAUACAUUGUUGUCGCGUUUAACUCCAGAGUGAACAUACUGUAAUUACACUACCACUUCUGCUGUUUUUUUGAACGGACUAUGGACUUCUGUGAAUCAAGUUAAAUAUCCUGCAAAACCCCAGUGGGUGAAUUCAUGAGUUUCUGUAGCAUAAAUGCUAAUCCUGGUCAAAACAAGAUAUCAGACUUCAUUAUUGGUUCACUAAAAAGCAUGCAUCUGUA